AUGUCAAACGGAGAUACUCAAGAUUCACUCUCUCCUCAUAUUGAAGAGAUGUUCCGGAAAAUUGAAGUAAUCAAUAGUCUCCGACUGUAAAAGGUUCUAUUUUCGAGUUCUAGGCACAAACUGAGGCGGCCAACAGACUUCGUACUCAGAGAAACCCUGGUUGGGUCUUCGGAACCACUCGCGACUACUCUAAGACACACCAGCCACCUCAACAACCUCAGCGGCCAAUCCGUAUGUUUGAUGAAUUCUAAGCAAAAAAUUUAAAAUUCAAUUUAGAACCAGACGACAGUUUGGCGAGACCGGCGGCUGAGAGGUUGCUAAACUGCUACUAUGAAGCAUUCGACGUCGUGAAGGGCAUGUUCACUCUCUGGAAGAAAGUUCAACCUCGCGGCGAUCGGAAUUGGCUUCUCUCCAAACUGGUGAGGUCGUUGGAGGAGAAAAAGACGAUGAUCGACGCCAUGUUCUCUACGGAGACUCUAUACGACGGAAUCGUCGAUCUGGAUCAGCUCACAGCAGCUACAAACGUGGCGUCAGUAGCAACUACCGUGGUCAAGGAGAAGUACGAAGCAGUCUACGCUGCACAGGCGCUUGUGGAUCAAGAGGACGUCAACCUCAUAGACUACAUCGACAACGGCAGUGCGACGGAGACCGAUGGCGAUCGGAUGAUGCAGUCGUUUUUGGAUGCCCAAAGCGAGUACGCCACUGCCGAGAGAGAUUUUCAGACCGCCAUGAAAAAGCUCGUGUCAAGCAUGGAUCUGAUCAAAAGAGCAUCCAUUGCGGCUAAGAAACAAGCGAAGAUCUCGCAGCAGCAAGUCGAGCAGAUGCCAACUUCGCGAAGAUCCCAACGCGUCACUAAGCCAUCAGCUAAACUGCGUGAUCCUAACUUCUUUGUCUAG